UCUUUCUCUAUCUCACUCUCUCAUACUCGCACACAAACCACCAACCAUGGCAUCUUCCUCUCUCUCCGUCUCCCAAUCCAUCCUCUCCCGUCCCGCCUCCUCAUCCCGCCGCUCUUCCCUCCCCUCAUUUUCCGGUCUCCGCCCAACCGCCUCAUCUAACCCGACCCAACCCGCAAUCUCCCUCCGCCGCAUCCCCCCAAUCUCCGCCCUCAAGGUCUCCGCUUCCUCCUCCUCCGCCGUCGAUACCGUCGACCGCACCGCCGCCGACCCCGCGAUCGUUGAGAAGUCGGUCAACACGAUCCGGUUCCUCGCUAUCGAUGCCGUUGAGAAAGCGAAUUCGGGUCACCCGGGUCUUCCCAUGGGUUGCGCCCCGAUGGGUCACGUGCUCUAUGACGAGGUUAUGAGGUACAACCCGAAGAAUCCGAAAUGGUUCAACCGUGAUCGCUUUGUUCUCUCCGCUGGACAUGGUUGCAUGCUUCAGUAUGCGUUGCUUCACCUUGCUGGCUAUGAUAGCGUCAAGGAGGAGGAUUUGAAGCAAUUCCGUCAGUGGGAAAGCAGGACUCCCGGACACCCUGAGAAUUUUGAGACACCUGGAAUUGAAGUUACAACAGGUCCUCUUGGUCAGGGUAUUGCCAAUGCUGUGGGUUUGGCCCUCGCAGAGAAGCACUUGGCUGCGAGAUUUAAUAAGCCUGACAAUGAGAUUGUUGAUCAUUACACGUAUGCUAUAUUGGGUGAUGGUUGCCAGAUGGAGGGAAUCGCAAAUGAAGCAUGCUCACUUGCUGGCCACUGGGGAUUAGGGAAGCUAAUAGCAUUCUAUGAUGACAAUCACAUUUCUAUUGACGGUAACACUGAAAUUGCUUUCACUGAGAGUGUUGAUAGACGUUUUGAGGGACUUGGAUGGCAUGUUAUUUGGGUAAAGAAUGGAAACAAUGGUUAUGAUGAAAUUCGUGCUGCCAUCAAGGAGGCAAAGGCUGUGAAAGACAGACCCACACUAAUCAAGGUCACGACCACAAUUGGUUAUGGUUCUCCUAACAAGGCUAACUCCUACAGUGUGCACGGAAGUGCAUUGGGUGCCAAAGAAGUUGAGGCUACAAGGCAGAACCUUGGAUGGGCACAUGAGCCUUUCCAUGUGCCUGAGGAUGUCAAAAAGCACUGGAGUCGCCACAUCCCUGAGGGUGCUGCACUUGAAGCCGAGUGGAAUAAAAAGUUUGCCGAAUAUGAGAAGAAAUACAAGGAGGAAGCUGCAGAACUGAAGUGUAUUAUCAAUGGAGAAUUUCCUGCUGGAUGGGAGAAAGCACUUCCAACAUACACCCCGGAGACCCCAGGUGAUGCCACCAGAAAUCUCUCUCAGCACAACCUUAAUGCCCUUGCAAAGGUUCUUCCCGGUCUGCUUGGUGGUAGUGCGGAUCUUGCAUCUUCCAACAUGACCUUGAUGAAAAUGUUUGGGAACUUCCAAAAGGACACUCCUGCUGAGCGUAAUAUUAGAUUUGGCGUCAGAGAACAUGGCAUGGGAGCAAUCAGCAACGGCAUUGCUCUACACAGCCCUGGCCUGAUUCCUUACUGCGCAACUUUCUUUGUUUUCACCGACUACAUGAGAGCUGCCAUAAGGCUUUCUGCCCUGUCUCAGGCUGGUGUUAUUUAUGUGAUGACCCAUGAUUCAAUAGGACUUGGAGAGGAUGGGCCGACCCACCAACCUAUUGAGCACCUGGCAAGCUUCCGGGCGAUGCCUAAUGUUUUGAUGCUUCGUCCUGCUGAUGGUAAUGAAACUGCCGGCUCAUACAAAGUUGCCGUGCUUAACAGGAAGAGACCCUCUAUCCUCGCCCUUUCUAGGCAAAAGUUGCCCAAUCUUCCUGGAACUUCUAUUGAAGGAGUCGGAAAGGGUGGAUACACCAUCUCAGACAACUCAACAGGCAAUAAGCCUGAUGUCAUUUUGAUUGGAACUGGUUCCGAAUUGGAGAUUGCUGCCAAGGCUGCUGAUGAUCUCAGAAAGGAAGGUAAGGCCGUUAGAGUCGUUUCGUUCGUUUCAUGGGAACUUUUCAACGAGCAAUCGGAGGCAUACAAGGAGAGUGUUCUCCCUGCUGCUGUUUCAGCUAGAGUUAGCAUUGAGGCAGGAUCAACAUUUGGGUGGGAGAGAAUCAUUGGAAGCAAAGGAAAAGCAAUAGGCAUUGAUCGAUUCGGAGCUAGCGCUCCGGCAGGAAAAAUAUACAAAGAGUUUGGCAUCACAAAGGAAGCUGUUAUUGCUGCAGCAAAAUCACUUAUCUAAGAUGUAUUAGUUUCUUUAUUUUUGUUUUUGCCUUGGUUUGAGUUGAAGUUUACAUUGAGAGGGGAAUUUGCAUGAGGCAUGUUUAAAGGGCAUUCCUUCACUUGAAUAAGGAAUAGAUUAGGUUACAGUUGCUUGUGAUUCUCAUUUGAGUUUCUUAGAUCAAAGCAGGAGAUGGAAGUAUGAACUUGUAAUAACACUUUGAACAGUUGAGUUAUGCAUUUGCUACACGGUCAAAAUCAAUUAUUCUCAUUGAAUAACAUUCAUGGUGGUUCAUCUGA